UUCUUUAGUGAUGGGUUUGUCGACUCACUUGUGACAGGUCUUUUACCCUAUUGGCUUGAGAUACCAACAAAUGAAGAUGCUGGUAAAACUUUAUAUAUAUUUGAUGAUUUUCCAAGCAAGGAAGCACAAAAACCGUUCCGGGAAGAUCACCAAGCACAAAAUACUUAUUACGAGAUGGAAGAUGAACCAAGAUGGGAGGAAUUAGAGGUUGACUGUUUGGUGAAUGUAUUUGGAAGAGUGGGAAUGGAGUCAUUGCUUUUGGAUGUCCCUUUCGUAUGCAAGUCAUGGUACAGAGCAACCCUCGUCCCUUCAUGCUGGCAAUUUCUCAAAUUUCCUGAUGAUCUAAGUGAUCCUAUUCUUGUCGAUUUUGUUGGUCCUGGUUGUGACCCUAAACCCGGAUAUCUGUGUACGUGUACCUUUAUUCGAAGAUUUAUAGAUGAGUAUCGACUUGAUGGGAGGCGUUUCUCGGUGACUGCAUUUCUUAAAUUUAUAAUCAGUCGUAGCAAAGGAAAGGCUAUGUCUCUCAGGCUACCUCGAGAUGCCUCGGAAGAUGUCUUGAAAUAUGCUGCAGAUGAGUGUCCUGCCUUAAAGCUUCUUUCAUUGCCCAGCCGUUUAGUGAACCGUAAUGCAAGCAUAAUUCAAGAAAUGAUUGGAAAGUGGACAAAUUUGGAGUACUUGGUAUUGGGAACCAGCUAUAAUUUGGAGAACAUCCUUGGACAGAUCUCCAUUCACUGCAAGAACUUGCGUCUUUCGAGAGUGGCUAGUGCAGAGAUUGGUAAAGAUAAAGCAAUGGCAAUUGUUAGCUUGCUGCCUAAGCUUAAGCAAUUGAUCUUGAAGAAUGCGUAUAUUGAUCGCGGUGCUCUUGUGACGCUACUGCAGGGCUGCAACGAGCUUGUGCGUUUAGAUGUCAGCAAUUGUAGAGGUUUUAAUGGGAGAGAUGAAGAAAUAGCAAAGCUUGCUUCUCAUAUUUCUAAUUUCAGCUCUCGCGGUUCUAUACUAUUUGAUUAUGAUGAUUACGACGAGGGUGGAAGUUUUUACCAUGAUGAAUUCUUUCAUGGAUAUGGUUCCGAUUAAUCGCGCGAUUAAACUCCUAGAUGGGUAUCCAACUAAACUAAGAUUGUUUUAAUAUAAUUUCUGAAGACUGUAAACAUGAAUUGGUCUUUAUAUUUGUGUAUCAGUGAAUGUGCUUAACUGCUCGAUCUGGCAUUUCUUGAGCCAGCAGUGUGCUUAACUAUAGUAUUAUGCAAUACCUACUUUUGGUA